AUGUUCAAACUCGGCCGCCCCCCUGCGCCUUCUCGUCCACCCACCCCAGUCCCGCAGUUCAAGUACCUCAAGAAUCCCAAAGAACAUGGCAGAGGCUUUGCACACCGUCAGGACCCAUUCGAGGGCGACUUCUGCGUCGUGUCAAUCGACCAUGUCGCGUCUGUUGCGUACCUAGGCCCGGAGGCUAUGGAGGCUGCGAAACGUAUCCCGUCCGGGAGAUACAUAGCAUACGUUGGUUCGGCAUAUGGCAUCCCAUAUGAAGGCAAAACGACGAACACGUUCACGCUCUCCCUCGUUUGCCAAGGCGUCCCUCCUACAUCCGCGUAUUGCGACGAGACGCCAGCGUGCAUUCCAAUCCUCCCCAACGAUGAUUCCUUCGGCGGACGUCAGCCCCUGGAGGCCUGCGCCCCCUUCCCAUGGCCUAAUUGUUACAUCUCAACUUUCGCGACAAGGGAUUGUCGUGUGACGACUGCAAAGCGCGACUACAGUCCCGUACUGUGCCUGACAUCUUUGCGCAUGGCCGCUAAGAUGCAGUGUACCAUCUCUUCUGACAGUUUUUAUCUGGGAGACUUCUACGAUCGUCGUCAUGCCGGAGAUGCGGAGGCGCUGGAACGCAUGCCAUUCUCCCCCAGCCCCGAACCUUCCUCGGACCCCUUGCCGUUCUUGCCCCCGAUGCAGGAGUCAACUGGCAUAUCUGGCCCCUCCGCGCACAACAGCAACCCCACAACAGAACCCAGUUCUACAUCGUCGCCUAAAUCACACUCUGACCUUUCAUCAAAUAUACCUCUCAAUGCCGCCCUCGCGACUGCUAUGUUCAGCAGCGGCAACACUAGAGACCCUGUCGUCAACAUCUGGUACGACUUAGGGAUGGUUUCGGAAGUCAGGGAUCCGGAAUUAUUUCUAAAAGAGUGUGAUAUGCUUGACCUGUUACGGCUGCACUUUCAAGCUCUACGCAAGGGCGCGGAUAAGGAUCGGCAUCGUACGACGACUGCGACAAAGGCCAGGUCUUCGUCGCCUAGGGUGGAGCCUUCUGUGUCAUCCGUCCUAUUCGGCAGUACUGCAGCGCAGGCUGCAACGAUGUCGCAUACGGAACACUCUCCCCCGGUAGAAGGACAUCCUCUCUCUAUAGAGAGUCACCUCUCCGAUUCAUCCGUACCCGUGGUGGCCAUGCCGACUUCGGCCGUCGCAGCCACUGCCGCGGCUGACAACUUGUCUCCACCACACUCUCCGACUGGCGAUGUGUCUCGCUCUCCCGUUCUGUCUACGCCCACCAGAAUAACAGCAUCGGUCCCGCAGUCUACACAACAGCUGCCUCCGAUGCCGUUCUCCGCGUCCCCUCGGUUGGCUGCAGCGCACGUCGUCGACGCUGACGGCGGAUUACCUUCGGGCAAGCACGUACGGCAUGUACGCAGCUCAUCGCUGCGCGCUGCACGCCGCUCGACCUCUCGCGCGUCGCUGCGUUCGCGCAAAGGCUCAGCGGCCGCCUCUGCUUUGCCGACCAAGAAUGACUUCCCUCUCCACCCGCAUCCCUACGCCGACCGACCGACACGCAGCACUUCGACUCUUUCGUAUGCGGUACCCCGCUCAGGCCACGACACGCUCAAGAGCUUGAGAAAGAGCCGCUCAAGUGCGUCUCUGAAGGCACCGCGCCGGGCUGAAACCUUCCCAGUCCCGUCGUCGCGUUCGGCACGGCAUUAG